AUGAAUGUGACCCCCGGUAGCUGUACGGCAGAGAUGCCCUACGGAUUCCAGCCCCGCUUCAAGGGGCUGUACAUCGCCACCGAGCUCAUCAUCGCUGUGCUGGCCAUCACCGGGAACUUCUUGGUUUGCCUGGCCGUCACCCGCAACAAGAAGCUUCGCACUGUCACCAACUACUUUCUGGUGUCACUGGCAGUGGCGGACAUCCUGGUGGGCAUGGUGGCCAUUCCCUGCGCAGUGCUGACAGACCUGGGUCGACCCCGCCACAACCUGCCCCUCUGCCUGGUGCUGCUCAGCAUCCUGAUGGUGCUCACACAGAGCUCCAUCCUGAGCAUGUUAGCUGUCGCAGCAGAACGCUACAUAGCCAUCCUGCUGCCCUUCCAGUACCAGCGCAUGAUGAGCCCCAGGAACGCCCAGCUGGCCCUGCUGGUCACCUGGGGCCUCGCGGCCAUCUCCGGCUCUGUGCCGCUCAUGGAUUGGCAAAGACAACCAGCAGGCUCUGACUACUGUAUCUUCACCUGUGUGGUGGACAUGAGCUACAUGGUCUACUUCAACUUCUUCUGCUGCCUCCUGGUACCCCUGGUGGCCAUGUUCAUCAUCUACGGCCACAUCUUCCUCACCGUUCGCCGCCAACUCAGGCGCAUCGCUGUGGCCAGGGGAACCGCCGAGGACACGAGAGGUGCUGAGCCCAAUGUGGCCAAAUCCAACAUCCGCACCGGCCAGGAGCUGCGGAAGGCCACCUUCCUCUUCCUGGUCCUGUUUCUCUUCAUGGUGUGCUGGAUGCCCAUCCACCUCAUUAACUGUCUCCUGCUGCUCUGCCCGCAGUGUGAGGUGCCCAUGUCGCUCACACUCGCAGCCAUUUUGCUUUCCCACGUCAACUCGGCACUUAACCCGAUCUUGUACGCGUACAGGAUGAGGUCGUUCCGACAUACUCUGAUAAGGAUGUGGAGAGGAAUGUGGAGCGUUAGGUCAUGCCAGUAG